AUGAAGGUCUUGGUUUUCCUGUGCUUGGUAGGCCUGGCUGUUUCUGCCCGACGCUUAACUAAGGAAGAAGAGGCCAAAGAAAUGGAGUCCUUCGACCCAUACAACUUUAACAUUGUCGUCAACGACGACGAGAACACCGUCUAUUCGGCCCGCCAGGAAUCCCAGGACAGCAACGGCGCCGUCCAGGGACAGUACUCUUGGAUCGCCGCUGACGGAACACGCUACACUGUCACUUACACGGCUGAUCCUGUCAACGGUUACAACGCAGUAACCAAGCAAGAGAAGACCAACGUCGUCGUAAGGAUGCCAGUUCCUCGUCUCCUGGUGCCAGAGGAAGCAGAAACCAUCGCAUAGAUUCACAUUUCCAAACUGUGACGCAACCGGUUUUUGGCCUACUUCUGCUUUCGUUCAUUUUUCCUGAGCUUAGUGUUAACAAAAUGGAAUCUGUUCGGUUUUAGUCUGUGUGCCUUGUUCUACCAAACUGAAUUUUUGUUAAAAUUUUCAUCCUAAAAUCCUAUCAUAGUGUUAAUAUUCCAGAUUUUAGUUUCAUCUUCUGUAGUUUAUGUAUGUCUUUUUCUUCACUACGUAAUUCUUUAUACAACAACAUCUC